GGUUUCUGGGUGCAGCUACUUGCCGGGGCACAUUCCGUGAACGGCGUGUCUGUACUGGCUGUGGCUGCGAUUCCUCCAAUCUGAAUCGAUUAUUGAUAGGUAUCUUUGGUGAUGUGGCAUGAAAAUGUCUACCAUGAUUGGCUUCAGGUAGCGGAUGUGUGGGGUCAUGUCCAUGGGACGCCCACUCGCUUGCUCGUCAAUCCUCAUCGGGUUUCAACCCUUCAACUCCAGGAAGGAACUACCUACUGUCUCCAGACUCCUAGCUACAAUCUUAGCAUAGCAGAUCAUCGAAGGACCCCACAUUAUGGGUCACUCCCAGUCAAAAGGACUGAGCAAAACCCGGCCGACACAAAAAGAGGAAGCUCAAAUAGCAAGCCGGCCUGAAAGAACGGGCACCGAUGUUGCCAAGCGCAAAAGCGAUCCUCCGCCAAAGUUCGAAUGCCAAGAUCAACUCUGCGAAACAUGCAGAGGUACGCUGGCCUCUCUGCCCUUUCAAGUGGGAACGGGCGGUAUUGAGAGAGAUGUCGCCGAGAUUAAGGAAUCUGCCGACGCCGGGUGCCACGCCUGCGCCAUUUUCCACGCAAAUAUUAGUCUUCUCGACGACUUUACCUCCGUAUUUGGCACCAAAGCUCGUAUCUAUCUCACCAUGAGCGAGUUUCUAAGCGCGCCCAUCUUCCUCGUGCCAAUGUCCAUCACGCCGCUGCGCUACGUCCUCCGCCCGGCAAAAGACCUCGAACAUCUAAUCCAACCUGUGGCGAUAGACUCCAACACCGGUUCUAAGCUAAGCAUCAACUGCGCCAGGGAGUGGCUGAGAAUCUGCAGCGAGACCCACGCAUCCUGUCGGCAGGAACGCGAAAGAGGCCCAUCCCACGGAUACGUACCUACACGGCUCCUUCACGUCGCGGUGCCCAACGAUCCGGAUACGAUCCGGCUUUGCGAGAAGGGCGAUAUCCCAAAGGACACAGCGUAUGCGACCCUGAGCCACUGCUGGGGGCUGGUUCUGCAGCACAAGCUGCUCACGACAAACAUCGACCAGCUGACGCAGCGCGGCAUUGCGCUGAGCACGCUCGCCAAGACCUUUCGAGAAGCCGUCGGCGUGGUGCGCACGCUCGGGAUCGACUACAUCUGGAUCGACUGCUUCUGCAUCAUGCAGGACUCGGCCGACGACUGGGCCCGCGAGGCCGUGCUGAUGCAGCACGUGUACGGAAACACCCACAUCAACAUAGCCGCCACUGAUUCGAGCGACGGCCGCGGCGGCUGUUUCCGGUCGCGCAACCCGCAGAUCAUCGCGCCCCUCAAGAUGGACUACGGUGAACCGAAUGGCGAGUUAUACUUGACCGACGUGAGCCUCUGGUGGGAGCGGUUCGAGAAGGCGCCGCUCAACCGGCGCGCCUGGGUGCUGCAGGAGCGCCUGCUCUCGCCGCGCGUGCUGCACUUCGACAGCGACCAGCUCGUGUGGGAGUGCAACGAGCUGACGGCCUGCGAGCGCUUCCCCCACGGCGUCGGAGACCUCGUGCCGCCACGGCUCAGCCUCCGCGGCACCGCGCUGGAGACGGUGCUGCGAUCGGCUGCCGCGACGGGCCUCAGAGGCCAGGAGAUGGUGGACAUCUGGAAGCCCGUCGUCCGCGCGUACUCGGCAUGCAAGCUGACCAAGAACUCGGACCGGCUGAUUGCGCUGUAUGGCGUGGCUAUGAAGAUCAAGGACCUCCUCGGCUGCGAGUACUCGGCGGGGCUGUUCGGGCGCGACAUGGAGAGCCAGCUGCUGUGGGAGGUCGACGAUACCAAGACCAGUUCGCGGCCCGAGACCCACGUGGCGCCGUCGUGGUCGUGGGCGUCCAUCGUCGGGCCUGUGUCUGUGCUGCCACAGUGGGACCAGACAACGAACGAGGAAAUCACGCGACGGCUGAAGCCUGAGCAGCUGAACGAGAGGGUCCUGUGCGAGGUUUUGAACAAGACGACACUCGGGACAACGCCGGAGACCACGCCCUCCGCCAGUCGCGAAGCCUUGCAGGUCCGUGGCUACCUGUGCCCCAUGUUCUUCGUCACACAGUCCGAGGCUGCGGCUUGGAAAGGCGCCGCGCGCGAAUUUAGAGCAGACGACGAACCUGAGCGCAGGGCCAAAGAUCCAUGGAUACCAGACCCUCUGCCCGAAGACAACGGAGACAUGUGGCCGCUCAGAGUGUCGGGCAGUGGAUGGUCGAGGGGCUCCGGAAGCCGAGUUAGUUACUCCAGGUUUUACGGAGACCCUCGCACCAAAGCCGUCGUCUCGUCCAUCAGGGGCAACAAGGACGCGUCCUUCCAGGCUGAGCUCCGCUACGACGUGGUGCCCGAGCACAGAACAAAAGAGCAGCGCUGGCUGUUGCCCGUGUAUGCGGUGACGGAGUGGGAGGCGGUCGACAUCUUUGACAUGGACAUGUAUCGCUCUGUCAACGGGCUGGUGCUGAAGAUGGACGGCGGAGAGAGCGGCCAGUUCAAGCGGUGUGGGAUCUUCAAGAUAGGAUCGGCGCAGGGAUUUGAGGAUCAGUGGGCGUUUUGGAAAGGGUGUCAGCGGUUUGACGUCAAGGGCGGUGUCAAGGUGGCGAAGUUUGACAAGGUCUUCGUCCCGGAUAAGGAGGCCAAGACAGGUCGCAUUUUCUUUCAGGAAAAGAAUCGACGGCGGCAGUACACUUUUUCGGUUGCAUAGCUCACACGCAUGGCACUUUCUAGCUUUAUGGACACUUACCUGUAGUGACGUCUCCUGACGUGUCGGCAUCGCUUUCCAUGUCCAUCGUAU